GUCAACGUGGCUCGCGGUCGCGUCCUCCUGAUCGAGCGAUGAGCAUGGCGACGCCCUUCUUGCUGUGCUCACAGGGCCGUCGUCCCCACGGUUGUGACGACCUGAUUUUGGGUUCUAUUUGGUUGUGUGUUGAUUCUCGGUCCGUGGAGCUGUGUGACAAUUUGCUCUGGAGCUACUCUGCUUGCUGCUUCCGUAGUUGAGGAAUCCGGUUCUAGCUUAUCCGUUCAGCUACCUGACCGAGUCUCGCGAGUCCUUGAAGGCUUCGUCCGUCGCGGUGGUUCUCGAAACCGAAAGCACAGCUCCUUGAAUGGUGGUAGGAGGCGACCAGCUUUGUUCAGCUUUGUCCAAGCGGAGAGUGUCAACAGAACCUUCGGUGCCGUAACCUUUUCGUGAAACUUUCGUCUACUUAUCCAUACAGAUAGAAUAUGGACCCCCGGUUGUCGGACCUCUCGAAGUGGCCGUUGGACUUCCUUUGGUGCACCGACGACGGCUGGACAAUGGAGAACAUGCCGUCUGAUUCGGCCGUUGAACUCGCCUUACAGAGAGACGACGAGCUGCUGAAGAUUCACGCGGAAUUCGUCCCAGCGAUGCUCAGCCACGAGGAGUUCUGGAAGCGGUACUUCAGAACCGUUGAUGUCAUUGAACGCUACCCAGGAUGGACGUCCGAUCAGAUGGAACGGCAGAUAAGGUCUGCUAGUCACGCGCUGCAGUACGCUCUCAAGAAAAACAGCAUUUUCGGAAAUGAGGACAGCAGCGCGCCGAAGGCCUUUCUCCUGCGAAACCUGGCAAACGCCGUCUGUGACGCGGAACAAUACACAUCCGUGAAGGAGCUAGCCGACAGUAUCUAUUCCCCCUCUGGCGUGUUAUUCCGUGCUGUGGAGAAGACCCUGAAUGGCUCCUCAUGGCUCCCUGUAGCCACCACACUGGAAUCACCUCCACAAGAAGCCACCCUCUCAGAUUGCUCUAGCGAGGAUGCCGUCCGGAUGCUCUUCAAAUCAGGGGAAAUGGAUGCAUUCACUUGUGGCUGCUGGCGAGCCCUCACCAACUUCUCCCCCAACAUCACCCACUACUCCUCAUCCAACGGCUCCCAUGUCUCCUCAUCCAACGGCUCCCCAAUAAGCUGCCAUGGCUGCUGCUGCCAGGACACCGACCUGGACCUCGAUCUGAUCUCCCUCCCUCCCCUUCGCGAGAUCACUACCAAGAGAUCUGGACCGUCGACAGUGCAGCCUGGAUCGCCAUCAACGGCGUCUGGUUCACCAUCUGGAUCGUUCCAAAGGGUGCUGAAUUCCCUGCAUGGAGCGCCUGCUGGGAGCUUGGCAGUGCGCCUGGGGGAGCUGAUGGCGGGGAUUGGGUCUCCAGAGGAGAUGGCACGACUGUGGCUGGAAGUGAUGCAAGAGGUUCACGACCGCUGGGAGGAGGGGAUUGCCAUCCCGUAUGUGAGGGCGGAGAGGGAGGGGCCGGAUCUGGACCUGUGCGGCGUGAUGCAGCACCUGCAGGUGCUCAACUGCGCCAUCGCGAGGAAGAGGUGGAAGAAGGCGCGCAUCAGCAGCGACAUCCAGAAGCACCUGCAGCACGUGGAGUGCUUCCGCCCAGAGCCAACCGUGCGUGACUUUGGAACGUUCGAGCCGACUCUCUGCAAGACCUGCGGCAGUUAUAAUCUGUGCGAGGUUCUGAAGUUACCACCUGCCGGAUUUGUGUUGGCUGAGCCGAGCAGACCCGUUUCGAGCGAGCAGGACGGAUCAUGGGCCUGCUUCCCGGAUCCAGCUGAGACUGCGACAGGGCAGAUGAUGCCGCAGCCGGGGCGGAUGAUACCGCAACCCAGACCAGGCUGCGAAGACCAAAACGCCGAUGGGAGCAGUGCGACGCUUGGGCAGGAUUGUGGAGACGAGAAGCCAGGAGGGCUGCGUCUGCUGGCGACAGGGGCGCGCAUGCGUGUGCCGGAGGUGCAGGACGGGCCGCUGAUGACCAGCGAUUACCUGGCAGAGCUGCAAGAGGCGGUUAUCAGCACCGGCAGCCUCAACAUCGCGCACAAGAGGCUCUUUUCGGACAUGCAGGCCUUCAAGGCUGCCAACCUGGGGUGCAUUCUGGAGGACUUUGUGCGAUGGUACUCACCUGCUGACUGGUCGAGAGACGCCCCCUCAAGCAGAAUGGGAGGAGGAGAGGGAGGGGGGACGCCUAACGAGUGUAAUGACUUUGAAGGAAAGCUGCAGCAGGGAGGAGAGGGAGAGAGCAGCCGCAGAAAGAUUGGGUACCUGAGUGCACGCAUGUCAGGCUCAGACAACCAGUGGAGGAUGUACUGGAGCGAGGCCAAGCCCGUGCCAGCCCUCCUGCAGCCCCCUCUCUUCGACGAAUGCGCGGCCGGAGCAACGAGCUUGGAGUAUCUGGAGGGCAUCACCCCGUCUGAGCUCUUCAUUCAGCUUUUCACGUGCCUGGUCGCUGUGGGGUGCUCUGCGGCUCUCCAAGCGGCUCCCUCCCUGCAGGGCAGCAGCAGGGCGCAAUUGGACGAUUCAGUGAAGUACAUCCUGCAUGCGUGCGGGCGGCACAUGACACAGGACAGAAUGCGUUACAUCUGCAUGGUAUACGAGGCGGUGGAGCAGAUCAUAUCAGACAACGCACCAUCAAUAUCAACCUCGUUACAAGCAUCCUCGUCACCAGGCACUGGUUCUCUCUAUUCUUGCGACGGACAUGCGGACGGGUCAGGAGGAACCAUGAGCCAAGAGAGUCGCUCCACCCAAAGCGGCAUGUCACCUGGCGAAUCGCCAGGACUGAGCCCGCGCUUCUAUUCUCCGGAUCACACAAGCAGCAGCAGCAGAAGCGGUGGCAGCAGCAAUGGCAGUCUGGGGGAUCCAGAUCUCUUCAGGGAGCAGACGCCGUCCGUGUGGGUCUAUAUGAACGAUGGGUACUCUGCUAUCCCAUCUGACGGAGACCCAGCGAAAGAGGAAGCACGGGAAGGGAAGGGAAGCGAUGGCCAUCCUGCUGAAAGGCGAAGCCCUGGGUAUGCCUGUGGUAAGAGUCAGCGGGGGGAUACUCUUGGGAGUAAGGAUGCCAGGGGUCCAGAUGUUUUCGCAAGGCGUGAGUCCGGUUGUGGGAGGGAUGGUGCAGAGUGUGGGUUUGCUGUGGAGCACCGGGGGAGUGUAAUGGGGUUCCUUAAUGGAGACAGCUCGGGGCAGUACCAGUGCGUGGGAGAGGGUGGGGAGGAGGGAAGAGCCCCAGUGUCGUUCAAUGGGUGGGCACAGUUCUAGAGUGGUUUGUAGAGCGGCACGCGCAGAAAUGGGGUGCAGGAGUGUGGGGUUGCUGUGGAGCACAGCGGGAGUGUGAUGGUGUUUUUGAAUGCAGACAGCUCGGGGCAGUACCAGUGCGUGGGAGGGAGGGGGAGGGGGAGUUGACAAGCCCAAGACUUGUCCUUGGACAAGCCCAAAUUUCGUGUCACGGGCACACAACCAUUCGUUACUGGCUGUGGCCUGGCCAGUUUUAGUAUAGGCAAUCUGGUAAUUGAUGCGUGGUGGUACAUUGGGCCUGCAUUUGGCUGUUUCUUAGCUCGAUUGGAUUGGACUCGUUAUAAGCUCGCUAUGUGGGCUUGUGAAAUAAGACGCAGGCUUGUUCUGCCAUUUAUUUAUCAAUCCAUGUGUUAAU